UCUCUCGCCCCGGAAGUAAAACUCUGUGGUCUGGCUGUUGGGGCAUCUGCAAGUCGGUGGAUUGUGGUAGAGAUGCCGGCUGCCGCGGCGAAGGGCUCGGAGUUGUCCGGGAGGAUCGAGGGCUUCGUGGAGACUCUGAAGCGCGGUGGCGGGCAGCGCAGCUCGGAGGACAUGGCUCGGGAGACCCUGGGACUGCUGCGCCGGCUUAUCACAGACCACCGCUGGAGCAACGCGGGGGAGCUGAUGGAGUUGAUCCGCAGAGAGGGCAGGAGGAUGACGGCCGCGCAGCCCUCCGAGACCACCGUGGGCAACAUGGUGCGGAGAGUGCUCAAGAUCAUCCGGGAGGAGUAUGGCAGACUUCACGGGCGCAGUGACGAGAGCGAUCAGCAGGAGUCCCUGCACAAACUCUUGACGUCCGGAGGCCUGAGCGAGGAUUUCAGCUUCCAUUAUGCCCCACUUAAAGCCAACAUCAUUGAGGCGAUUAAUGAGCUGCUAGUGGAGCUGGAAGGCACAACGGAGAACAUUGCAGCCCAGGCCCUGGAGCACAUCCACUCCAACGAGGUGAUCAUGACCAUCGGCUUCUCGAGAACAGUCGAGGCCUUCCUUAAAGAGGCAGCCCGCAAGAGGAAGUUCCAUGUCAUUGUUGCAGAGUGCGCUCCUUUCUGCCAGGGUCAUGAGAUGGCUGUCAAUUUGUCCAAAGAAGGUAUUGAGACAACUGUCAUGACCGAUGCUGCCAUUUUUGCUGUUAUGUCAAGAGUCAACAAGGUGAUCAUCGGCACAAAGACCAUCCUGGCCAAUGGUUCCCUGAGAGCUGUGGCAGGAACUCACACUCUGGCACUGGCAGCGAAACACCACUCCACCCCACUCAUCGUGUGUGCACCCAUGUUCAAGCUUUCUCCACAGUUCCCUAGUGAAGAAGAUUCAUUUCACAAGUUUGUGGCUCCUGAAGAAGUCCUUCCUUUCACAGAAGGGGACAUUCUGGAGAAGGUCAGUGUUCACUGUCCCGUAUUUGACGAUGUGCCCCCGGACCUCAUUACUCUCUUCAUCUCCAACAUUGGUGGGAACGCACCAUCCUACAUCUACCGCCUGAUGAGCGAGCUCUACCAUCCUGACGACCACGUCCUGUGACACUGCCCAUCCUAAGCGGACCAGCUUAGGCCCCGAGUGGAGUGCAGAUACUGUUGCUGCUACAGUGGGGAGUGGAGAGUCACCCCAAGACCCUCACUGUUUUCUGCCUUCCUACUCACCCCUAAGUGAGGCACGGUCAGGACUGUCCCUACCCUCAGGGCUUACCUGAGCAGCGGGGCUUACCUGUUGAUGUUGGAGCCACUUUGUGACCAGGCUGUGUUUGUUUCAGGAACUUCAGCCUUCUGGCCCAGUGGUGUUACACACACGGUGACUACUUUGCUCGGUUGGUAUUUGCUCAGAAAUGGCUUCCAGACCUUUUCCGAGGCUGUGCCAAUAAAAGCUACUGGAAACUC